AUUAGAAGAAAAAAAUAUUUUUUUUCCGACUAAACUUCUACAUUAAAGGGUUUAUGUAAUUUUAGUUUAAAUUAUUUUCAAAACAAAUAAAUUACAAUGUUUUUAGUUUAGCUGUGUGAUAAAAUAAAAAACAAAAACUUUAGUUAUAAAACCUUAAAAGGAUAAUAAGAAAAGUGAGAAGUGUAAAAGAAAAACAAAAUAAAUAUUUUUUUAACCAGACUGGGUGUGUUUUUUUAGUUCUGAGACAUAGACAAAGAAUAUUUGGACAAAAAUAAACAAAAACAAAAAUGGUAUCCUUUAAUGCUGCACAACGAAAAAAUGUCCGCAUACUGUUGGUGGGUGAUGCGGGCGUUGGCAAAACUUCCCUUAUACUCUCCCUGGUAAGUGAAGAAUUUCCAGAAGAUGUACCCCCCAAAGCGGAAGAGAUCACCAUACCUGCUAAUGUAACACCAGAACAAGUGCCCACCAAUAUAGUGGAUUAUUCAAGCAUUGAACAAAACGAUGAGAUCUUAAAUGAAGAAAUCGUUAAAUCUCAUGUUGUCUGCAUUGUCUAUGCGGUCGAUGAUGAUGAUACAUUGGAUCGUAUUACUUCACAUUGGUUGCCUUUGAUACGUAAUGCUGUGGGUGAAGAUCAACCUAGAAAACCGGUUGUUUUGGUUGGCAAUAAAGUUGAUUUGAUUGAAUACUCAACCAUUAAUAGUGUUCUUUGCAUUAUGGAGGAUUUUCCUGAGGUUGAAAGUUGUGUAGAAUGUUCGGCCAAAACUUUACACAAUAUAUCCGAAAUGUUUUAUUACGCACAAAAGGCAGUAUUACAUCCAACAUCCCCCCUCUAUAUUAUGGAAGAACAAGAUCUAACUCCGGCUUGUAAAAAAUCUCUGGUGCGUAUUUUUAAAAUUUGUGACAUUGAUGGUGAUAAUCUUCUCAACGACUACGAGCUAAAUCUUUUCCAAAGACGUUGUUUCAACACACCCUUGCAGCCACAAAUACUCGAUGAAGUCAAAUCGGUUAUACAGAAAAAUGUAGCCGAUGGCAUUUACAAUGAUUCGGUAACAUUAAAAGGUUUCCUAUUCCUUCACUGUUUGUUUAUACAGCGAGGCCGUAAUGAAACCACUUGGGCGGUAUUAAGACGUUUUGGUUAUAAUGAACAGCUGGAAAUGUGUAAAGAUUAUUUAAGACCCAAUUUGAAAAUACCACCAGGAAGUAGUACAGAAUUAUCACAUCGUGGCCAACAGUUUUUAAUUGCUUUAUUUGAGCGUUAUGACAAGGAUGCUGAUGGUGCUCUAUCACCCGAGGAGCAUAAAAUGUUAUUUAGUACAUGUCCUACACCGCCAUGGUCUUAUUCUACGGAUAUACGUAAAUCGUGUCCUGUCAAUGAGCAGGGUUGGGUUAAUUUAAAUGGUUGGCUGUGUCGUUGGACUUUAAUGACUCUUACAGAUGUUUACAAGACUAUGGAAUAUCUGGCUUAUUUGGGUUUUAAUGUUCAUGAAAAUGAUACACAAUUGGCAGCAAUACAUGUGACAAGAGAGCGACGCAUAGAUUUGGCCAAACGUCAGAGCAGUCGUUCUGUGUAUAUGUGUCAUGUUAUAGGACCUAAGGGUUCGGGAAAAACUGGUCUUUGUCGUGGUUUUCUUCUCAAGGAUGAUAUGAAAUCUUUAAUAGGCAAAGAGUUUAAAACAAAUGUUAUACACUGCUGCAAUACAGUCCAGGUCUAUGGCCAAGAGAAACACUUAAUUUUACGUGAUAUUGAUGUUAAACACGCUUUAGAUCCUCUACAACCCCAAGAGAUUAAUUGUGAUGUUGCCUGUUUGGUUUAUGAUUCUUCCAAUCCUCGUUCUUUUGAAUAUAUUGCACGCAUUUACAUUAAAUACUAUGCCGAGAGUAAAAUUCCCGUCAUGAUUGUUGGCACUAAAUCGGAUAUGGAUGAGCGUCGUCAGGAUUAUCUGCUGCAGCCUGCUGAAUUCUGCGAUAAAUACAAGCUGUUACCACCUCAUCUGUUUAGCUUGAAAAGUGAUAAAAAAGAAUUGUAUGUUAAAUUGGCUACCAUGGCGGCUUUUCCACGCUUUCAAGCCGCAUGGAUAUUAUUUUACAAGCACAGGUUGGUACAGCUGUGGGAAUCGGCCCACUUACGUCAAUUUGGCCUUAUGACUGAAGAUCCUACUUUGUGGUGGAAGGCUAGUUUAGGUGUAGCUGCUGCCACUGUUUUAGGUUUUGUGGUUCUAAAAGCUGUCCAUGGCCUAACAUCUCCAUCACGUUAAAUGCA